GAAGGCGAAUGAGAAGAAUAGUAGUGGGGAUCGAAAUAUGGGCGAAAAAGAGGAGAAGCGAGCCGUGCGGGAUAAAUUCUGAGAUCUCUGGUCCCCAGAGUCCCCACUGGCCACAUGGCAUCGCGAGGACAAUCGAAAUCGAGCCAUCGAGCCAAUUUGCUGGUAGAAGUAGAAGGGAUAUGGGAUAUGAUGGGAUUUUCUGGCAGCCCUGUCUAUAUACCAGUAGAUAUAUAACGAAGAAAAGUCGUUUGUACGAGUGAUAGUUCGACUGGAUCGACAAGUUCGAUGAAAUAUAUUAUUCUCUCCAGUUUAUGGUCUUACAUUAGUACUAUUUAUUAUGUAGUAUUUGUGCAUAUUAUAGGUUAUGUUUUCUCGCAAACGCGGUGCACGUGUCGAGAGUUGACGUUCGUAGUUGAUUCAAUCUAGAUUUGUCUAUGCGUAACAAUGGCUUUGAAAACAAGAAAGCAAACAUUGGCUGAUAAAAUAAAUUCGCUGGUGACCACAACGCCGGCUACGUUCAAUUCCGAUGACGAGGCUGAGGACACGACAGCGAAAGUAGUCGACCACUAUGAAGAGAGUGACGAUUCUGACGAUCAUUUUCAAGCUUCAGAAAUUCGUAGACGAAAUAUAGAUCUCUUGGAUCAAGUAGACAAAAGGUAUAAAGGUAAAAAGGUUUCAAGGAAAGAUGUGUACGAGAGCGAUAACAAUGACUCUGAUCCAGAAAACCCAUCAGAAAGUGAUGAAGAAAUGGAAAGCAUGGAAGAACAAAGUGAUGGUGACAUGAAUGUCAGCGAUAAUGAACAGGAUUUAGAAGAUGAUGGAAGAAUACCGGAUAACGACAGUGACGAUGAUUUAGAAGAAGAUGAAGGCAGUGAAAACAGUUCAGAACAAGAGGCAGAGGAAUCUGAUGUUGAAGAUAAAAAUGAAACUUCUGUUACGAAACGCGAAAACAAUAUUCAGACAAUGUCACAGAUGAAUGUCAGAGCAGAUAUUGAGAAAGGUAACUGUGUCCAAAGUCAACUGAAGCUCUGGGAACACUUAUUGGAAGUAAGAAUCAAAUUGCAGAAGUGUUUAACUGCGAGUAAUCAAAUGCCUCAGCACGAUAUUUACGAGGACAUGAAAAUAGAUAAGGAAUUUGUAAAAACGACUGAUGAAACAAAAAGCAAAUUGAAACUGUUAUUAAACAACAUGCUACAGUUGCAAACUCUUCUUUUAAAACAGUAUCCUGAAACGAAGAGUCUUACGAAUAAGAGAAAGAGAAAAGCGGAAGAAGAUGGUGAUGAGGAAGAGGAAAAUGUGGACGAUCCAAUGGAUGAAGAAAUCCCUUCGGACACGGAAGACGAGGACGAAGUUAAAGACUGUGUUUCAGACAAUGAUACAGAGAAUGUGGAUGAGAACAUAUGUAGGAAAAAAUUGAAGCUCAGCAAUUAUGAAAAGAUAUUAAGCGAUAAUCAUAAUUCGUAUGUGGAGUACAGAAAUUCUGUUGUACAGAAAUGGAACGAGAAGACGAAGAUAGCCACUGGUAAAUUGAAUAAGGGUACCAGCGAAACGGCGUUGAAACAAAUUGAAUUCGCUUUAAAUGACAAAGAGAAGUUACGCAGAAGAAGCCGUUUGAAACGUUCGGAAUAUAAAAUUAUUGGCAAACCAGAGCAAGCUGAUGACAACGAGGGUAGAAGAAUCCAAGAAUACGAUUCUGAAAUUUACGACGACGACGACUUUUAUCAUCAACUUUUAAGAGAUCUAAUCGAAUACAAAUCGUCAGAUGUUACUGAUCCCAUACAGCUAAGCAAGCAGUGGAUUCAAUUGCAAAACAUGAGAAGUAAGAUGAAGAGAAAGAUAGAUACGAGAGCCACAAAAGGUAGAAGAAUACGAUACAAUGUACAUAAUAAAUUAGUGAACUUUAUGGCCCCUAUCACAGUGGAUGACACGUGGACAGAUCACGCUAAAGAUGAACUGUAUAAUUCCUUGUUUGGUAAAAUUAAACCAACCAACAGAGAUGUUGGUCGUUAACAGGAAAAUA